AUGUCCCGCCUGCCAGCGCUUUUCCUCCGCGCUCAAUCGGUUGCUACUGGCGCCGUCGGUGCCUCUGUCCUGCUGUUCCCGAAGAUCGUCGCGGGCCCUGGAAAAUUGCUCUCGGCUGCCCCCUCCGUCGCGCUCCAUAUGAUCGGGCUAAGCGCACUUAUCCAGGGCUCGGUGCAGCUUGUGCUCUCGUGGAUGGCGCCGCGGCAGCUGCAACGGAAUGUGCUCUACACCAUGGCCCCAACAAAGUUCCUGGCUGCGUUUUUGUUUUGGCGCGAUGGGCUAGGCGCUGUGGCCGCUUUGGAAGUGUUGAGCGGGUUAUUAUUUUGUAUGAUAUGA